UGAGACUUUUUUUUCGUAGGUGUUUUUUUUUUCUCUCCCCGAGCGGAUGUAGGCGGAUGUUCUUGGCCUCCAUUCUCUGUAUCGCCGCAACUUUCGUAAGGAGUGAGACAUGAGAACGGGGAGCUGCGGGGUGAGCGGGGCCUGACUCUGGGAGAACCAGCACCUUCUGACCCGUGCCUUCUCCGAGAGCCGAUUGAUCUCGUCUGGGCCUCAGUCUUUCGAUCACUAUGAAUGAAGUAAUGGUGGUUAAGGAAGGCUGGCUUCAAAAAAGAGGUGAAUACAUAAAGACCUGGAGACCCAGAUAUUUCCUUCUGAAAAGUGAUGGAUCAUUUAUCGGCUAUAAGGAGAAGCCAGAUUCCUCAGAGCAAAGCCUGGUUCUCCCCCCGCUCAACAACUUCUCUGUAGGAGAAUGUCAGCUCAUGAAGACAGAGCGCCCCCGCCCCAACACCUUUGUCAUCCGUUGUUUGCAGUGGACUACAGUUAUCGAGCGCACUUUUCAUGUGGACACCCCGGAAGAAAGGGAGGAGUGGAUGAGGGCGAUCCAAACUGUAGCCAACAGCCUGAAGAACCAGGAGAAUGAGGAAGAGGAGGAGGCCAUGGACAUCAAGUGUGGUUCUCCUAGUGACACCCCAAGUACGGAUGAGAUGGAUAUAGCCAUGUCCAAGGGACGACCCAAAGUUACAAUGAAUGAUUUUGACUAUUUGAAACUGCUGGGAAAAGGAACAUUCGGAAAAGUGAUCCUGGUCCGAGAGAAAGCAACAGGUCGUUACUACGCUAUGAAGAUUUUACGGAAAGAUGUCAUAAUUGCUAAGGAUGAAGUGGCUCACACCGUUACCGAGAGCAGAGUCUUGCAGAACACAAGGCACCCCUUCCUAACAGCUUUGAAAUAUGCGUUCCAGACAAGUGACAGGCUUUGCUUCGUUAUGGAGUAUGCUAAUGGAGGAGAGCUGUUCUUUCACCUGUCUCGGGAACGAGUCUUUACGGAAGACAGAGCACGGUUUUAUGGUGCAGAGAUUGUGUCAGCCCUGGAAUAUCUCCACUCCAGGAACGUGGUGUACAGGGAUAUAAAGUUGGAGAAUCUCAUGCUGGACAAAGACGGUCAUGUGAAGAUCACAGAUUUUGGACUUUGCAAAGAGGGGAUCACAGAUGGGGCCACUAUGAGGACAUUUUGUGGCACCCCAGAGUACUUAGCUCCUGAGGUGUUGGAGGACAACGAUUAUGGCCGAGCUGUGGAUUGGUGGGGUUUGGGAGUGGUGAUGUAUGAAAUGAUGUGUGGGAGAUUACCGUUCUACAAUCAGGACCAUGAAAGACUUUUUGAGCUUAUCCUUAUGGAGGAAAUUCGCUUCCCUCGCACUCUAAGCCCCGAAGCAAAGUCUCUUCUGAGUGGCCUUCUUAAAAAGGAUCCUAAACAGAGGCUUGGAGGUGGCCCCACUGAUGCUCAAGAAGUGAAGGAUCACCGGUUCUUUGCUUCUAUCAACUGGCAAGAUGUGAAUCAGAGGAAGCUCACCCCACCCUUUAAGCCACAAGUCACCUCUGAAAUCGACACCAGAUAUUUUGACGAUGAAUUUACAGCUCAAUCCAUAACAGUAACGCCUCCAGACAGAUAUGAUAACCUGGAUGCCUUAGAAGCUGACCAGCGCGCCCACUUUCCCCAGUUCUCCUACUCGGCCAGCAUUCGGGAGUAAAUCCAAGAGACACACGAAGGGGGGGGGGAUUUUAAAGACUUUCUACUGAAAGAAAUUGGAGAUAAUCCUGUCCCUUUGUGAAACGGGGCAGUAACUGUGUAUUCGCCUACCGUCCCCAAAUCCUGAUUAAGAGACCAUUUUCUUUUUCAAAAUGUACUCAAAACAAACACACAAAAAAAAACAAAAAAUGACUAUUUGCUCUACAACAUGGACCGUCAUCGUGGAUUGAUAAUUUCUUCAUAUCUGUUUAAUUGCCUUUUACUGCUGGGGCGUAACCGGAUUGUAAGCCAUAGUGUUGAUGAGACACAGGAAAGCCAUCCCGAAGUCCUUAGCAGCUACUGCCUUCUCCUACAGGGGACCCGCUCGGCCACGAACGGCGUCCCGCCCUCAUAACGGUACCAUGAUUUUGUAGCUGUGCUCCACGGGUCUCCCUAUUUGUGCAUGUCGUGGUAGGGAAACGUAGGCUGUAGCGUGUCCAGGCGGUUAAGUGGGUCUUAUGGUGCUCUUUCCACUUGGUCGGUACAUGGAGCAAUCGUACUAACAUAUUCAAGCAUUUCCCUUCACGUUCUUGUACUCGUCCUCACCACAUCUUGUUUGUCUGCAGGUAAUUUCAUGGCCACUAGGCGGGGCUCUAGCGCACUGCCAUCACUUGUGUUACUGGCCUGAUCUUCUGUAAUUAGGGCGUGUACACCUUUAAGUACGGUGUGUAUGCCUUCCCGCUUUUCACGAGCAUGUAAGAGGCUUAGUUUCAAUAGCUGAAUGUAUUCAUGUUACUUCCCACCGACCCAACCCCCUUCCCCAUAAAAAAAAAAUGGAAUUUGGGGUCGACAGCAAUAAUUUUUGUUUUUAAUUUUGUGUAUGUGUUUGUAGCUCUUUAAGGAAAACAUUUAAUUUUUUCUUUUAUUUUUUUUCUUUUCUGUCAGCAGCGAUUUGACAAUGUAUCUUUCACCAUGUGGUAAGAAACAAGCAAACUCAUUGGUGGAGAGCUUUGUCAGACAUGUCCCACCUCAAAUAUUAAGGAAUGUACCAUUCAUCGGGAAUCCUUUAAAAACCAGGGGGGGGGGGGGGGAUUUGUUUACUAUAACCAGGAUUUUCCUGUAAAGAUUGUUCUUCUUUUUUUUUUUUUUUUUUUUUUUUUUUUUUUUUUAAACCGUACCAGACGAAUAAUACCUAAAAGCAGCAGUUUCAGGAGCAAUAAUUCAUUUCUUAACUUAGCGAAAGCUGAAUUUUGCUCUUAGGAAGGUAUCCUUUAAAGGGGCAGUCCCAUGCACCAGUUUGGAAAUGUUUUGCUAAUACUUAUUUAAUUUAGCUUGUGAAUGUACAAUUUUUUUGUGGGGGGGGGGGGGUGGGAGUUACGUUAAAGUUACGCUUGUAGGUAAAUUUUCAACAACUAAAAAAAUGAAGAAUAUGGAGCAUUGUUGAAAGAUGUUGAUGGUUCAGGCGUGGGACUGGCCCUUUAAACGUUAUGCUGUAUUUGCUGAAUGUCUCUAUUAUUUGAAAUGAUUUUUUUAGACAUUUGAAAUGAAAACAUUCAAUACUCACUGUCUUUUUUAUAUUUUAAUUUUUUUUUUCAGGCUAAAAAAACCAACCAGACUAUAUUUUAAUAAAUUUUUGUGGGUUUUUCGGUUAAUUCCGUUGGCUAAAGGAAUGCUUCAAUUAAAACUGUUGUGUUCAGUGCAGGGCCAGAGGAUGGGCGGAGCAUGACACAGGAGCCAAAGGACACAAAGGGAUUAAUCCCUGUCAUGCACCACCCACUCAAGUCCUGUACUGUCCAGAGCGUUCCUUAAAGGGGUUUACCAACUUUUUGGUAUUGAUAACGUGUCCUCCAGAUGGGUCAUCAUCAUAAGAUUAGUGGGGGGUUCAACAAUGGGUAUCGCCACCAAACAGCUGAUUAUGGCAGUGAACGUGCCUGCAUACUGCAGCUGAGCUCCCACUCAUGUAAAAGGGAGCCGAGCUACUGUAUGCCGACGCUCUCACCACAUGACUACACAGUUGACGGAGUCUUCUCCUUUUGGUCAUGUCCACUGUUUAGCUUCCAGCAGCUGCCCCAAACAGAUCAGUGGGGAUGCUGAAUGUUGGGCCCCUACCAAUCUGAUAUUAUCCAGAUAGGUCAUCGGUAUUGAAAAUCUGGAAUACCCCUGUGGUGGCUACAUGGCAACUUUCGGCCUGUGGCAGCAGUGCUCUAUUGCAGCACGGGCCGAAGUCGUUGAGUAGCCCCAACCUUUAGGCUAGGGCUACACAACGACAUUUGUCACACGACUGUGUGUGUCGCAGUAAUGUUGCGUGACAUCUUUUAGAAUGAUAGUCUAUGGUGUUGCACUGUGACACAACAGUCACAAAAAAAGCUUUCUAAGAUGGUUUUGUGCAAGUGUUGUCAGUUGCAGCACCAUAGACUAGCAUUAUAAAUAUGUUGGGUGACCCAUGUCAUCCUAGCCUUGCAGAGAUUAUCGGAGAUCACACAAAUGGGGGUCUCCCUCCCAUUAAACAGCUCCACCUGUGCAUGGCUUGUGUCUACAAGUGCAGUUCAGCCUCAUUUCAGUGAAUGCAGCUGAGAUGCAAACCAAAACUAAUCCUUGUGCAAAAACUGGCACCGAUCUGAGGAAAUAAAUAAAAAAAUUCGAUCUCUCUGAA